AUGCCUGCUUCAGUAUUCAACGAAGAGAACCCAUCAUCGUGGCCUUUUUUCACUUCUGUGGCUGCUGUGCGGCCCAAAUUCGCAGAUGGAGCUGCGAUCAUGGUAGCGAUCGGGGGUUGGGGUGACACCGCUAGCUUUUCAAUAGCUGCUGCCUCACAAGAGAGCAGAAUGCGUUUUGCCUACAAUGUCCGAAAAAUGGUGGAUCAAACCGGGGCAGACGGCGUUGAUAUUGAUUGGGAAUAUCCAGGCGGCAACGGAGAGGAUUAUAAACAGAUACCCAACUCAGAAAAAGUUUGGGAAAUCGAAGCGUAUCCAGAACUCCUGCAGGAGAUCAGACUGGCUCUUGGGCCCAAUAAGCUGAUAUCUGCUGCUGUCCCAGGCCAUCCGCGCGACAUGCUCGCAUUCACGAAAGAAACAAUGCCCAAAAUCAGUUCUGUGCUAGACUUUAUCAACGUUAUGACCUAUGACUUGGUCAACCGACGAGACAAUGUCACCGGCCACCAUACUGGUCUUGCUUCUUCGUUGGCAGGUAUCGAAGCAUUUUUAGGGAUUGGCCUCGAGCCGGAGAAAGCCAAUCUAGGAUUCGCGUUCUAUCCUCGAUGGUACAAAACCGAUCCUAAAGGAAAUUGCAGGGCCAACUCCAUAGGUUGCAAAACCUUACUGAUGGAAGACCCAUCGUCUGGCGCCGAUCUUGGUCGUGCUGGCGCCUUCGCUUGGAGUGACGAUGUGCCGACUGACCUUUCAAUGUCGUUUUAUCGGGCAAUGUCACACGGACUGUACGACAAUGUCAAGGGUGGGCAUUACUUCUGGGACACUGACGAAGACAUUUUCUGGUCUUGGGAUACGCCGCUUGCUAUUUCGAAGAAAUUCCCUGCCAUUGUAGAGAGGUUGGGUCUCGGUGGUGUUUUUGCAUGGGCCCUUGGAGAAGAUUCCUCGGACUGGUCGCAUUUGCAGGCCUUGACAGCGGAAUUCGAGAGGCUCUCGGGAGCCGCAGCGGAUGUCAAAUGGAAGGCAAAGGACGAGCUCUGA